AUGCAACUCGAGAUCUCUCGCCUACGCACCCAACUCACCUCCCAAACAUCAGACACAACCACCCACUCAACCCAACUCUCCGCACUACAAUCCUCCCUCGCCACCGCCGAAACCAAAUUGAAGACAACCGAGAACGAACUAGCCGACACGAAAAAGGCUCUACACCGCGCCUCCGAGAAAUCCGUUCAGGACGGCACGAACGCCACCUCCAAAGACACCAAGAUCCGCACCUUGGAGCGAGACUUGGAAACCACAACCACGAAAUACCACGAAGCCACGGCGAACGUGACCAAACUUGAAGCGAAAAUCAACGCUAUGAACAAACUCCACCGAGAAGCGGAAGCACGCACUGCGGCAAAACUCUCCUCCGCCGAAUCGACAGCGCGAGAGAUCCCCGUCUUGAGAACUAAGAUCGCGACACUCGAAGCUGAGACGGCACGAUUGCGGGAGAAGCACAAGCGUGCCAUCUCCGGCAGCGGUGCGGACGUCGACGAUGGAUUGGACGAGCUGGAGGACGAAGGGCGGAAGAAACUCGAGCGCCGGAUAAGGGAGCUCGAGGGGCAGGUCUUUGACUUGCAGAGGGGCGUGUGGCGGGAUCAGCGGACGAAUCUGCAACCCGAGUUGCAUAACACGGAUGGCGCCAGUAGUACUCUACCAGUUCGCUCGUCACUGGACCACCAUGAAGAAGGGUUCGAUGAGGUCGACCUCUCCGGCACUACCGGCCCUGGCAGUGCUCGUCGAGAAUCAUCCUUCUUUGGCAGCAACAACGCUGCCUCCCGAGCUGCGACCGCCUCUCCCGGCACAGCCAAGCACUCCAACUUCACGCAGUACCUAUCCUCCGGCCUGAAUGCAUUCAUGGCCCCAGCCUCACCAUCUGUUACCGCCGCAGGCCCUACCCGGGACAGAGCGGACAGCUUACUGUUGGAGGAUGACGACGAGAUGGACGAAGCGGCCUUUGCUAGAGCGCAGAGGGAAGAGGAAAUGAAGAAGAUGGUGGCGCAUGUAAGAGAAGUGAAGAGGGGGCUGACGAGUAAGUGGAAAGGUUGGCGAUUGGAUCUGGUAGAAUCGCGGAAAGCUGGCGAUGGUGGGUUGGGGGAGGUGUUCGAAGUCUGA